AUGGCACCAACAAAAAACCACCUAAUCUUCGUCAAAAACGUGCCCUCCGACACAGCCCGGAAAGCAAUCCCCAGACUCUACGCACAAUACGGAGCCGUAGAAUACACCAACAUCUACGCCGCAUCAUCCAUCACGACGGUGAUGAUCGGUUUCCAGACCAUGCAGGAGGCUGUCUACGCGCAGCAGGAUACCGACGGUAUGAAGCUUGAUAACGUUAUACUGCGUGUUGAGCGGUACCAUAAGAAGCAAUCUGUGCGGUUUCUUCGCGAGCGGAGGAGGGCGGGUGGGCUGCUGGGGGAUGAAGGUGGGGAUUAUGAGGAUGAGGGUGCGGAUAUACAUGAGGAGCCUGGAAUGACACCCGAGGUGAUUCCACCUCCUGUCAAACCGGUGGCUCUGCCUGUGCGGAAAGUCGCUCCGGCGAAUGGCUCGUGGGCGCGUGUCGCUGCGGGGUCUGGUCCUUUAGGUGUAGUGUAUGCGUCGACUGCCCGUUGUGAAUUGUCUUCGAAAGCUCCUGUGGUUGUGGACUUCAGCACGGCGGCAACUUCGAUAGGCACUGUCGUUGCUUCAGAUGUUGGAUCCGCUGUAGCGACUGGUUCUCGUCACUCGAAGUCCAUAAGUAUUACAAGAAAGAGCGCACAUACUAACUUUCACGAUAGGUCCUCGGCUUCUGAUGUACUUUUCGACGCCAAUGAAAUCGAUGCUGGGGAUGCAGCGGGAGAGGAGUCGGUGCACUUCCCGGAAGAUACGAAUCAGACGCAAGACGUAAGGGAAAGAACAAAUACAUCUGAGCCGAGGGUGAGUGACACGGGGAAUCGACUGGAACAAUGGGGAAUGCUCGCAUGGCCUGUGGACACCACCGAAUACAUUCAGCAGCGCCAUAGCGAGUCAUGCUCGUUCUGCCAGAUGAGACGUCGGUAG